AUGAAUCGGUGUGAUUCGAACGCAUUAGAAGUAAUGGUUGGAAAUUUUCUUAUUGGUUGUUUGUUCACAUAUUGUUUGAUCAUAUCAACAACAAAUGCUCAGCUGAGUGAAUUUGGUAAAAAAUAUGAUCAUGAUUCGGCGGAGCGUUACGAUGCGGAUGGUGACCUAUCGGUUCCGUUAGAUGCGCAGAAUAGACCUGCUGAGGAUUUUAUUAUCGUUAGAAAUGAAACUGAAGCUGACCGAAGACGUAAAAGUUUACCACCAAAAUACGAGAAUGAUCGGAGUUUGUGUUAUUGUAAUUAUGAGCCAGAGUUUUGUGGUGGUUUCACAAACAACACGUGCAUGAAGCAUCUUGAAGCAGCAUGUUUCCAUUUCACUGAAGAGCGCCUUUACUGUAAUGCCCAAAUUUUCAAGGUUUAUAACGAGGCAGACGGUCGUUCAGAAACGGCACAUCUCUUCGGUUGUGCGCCACUUACACGCGGUUCUGGUGGCUCAUAUUUUACGUGUAAAGCGCAUCUAAUAGCUCAUGCAACUCCAAAAAGUAUUGCGUGCUGUUAUGAAGGAUCAUACUGCAACUACAAUCUCACUGUUCCACCGUACAGAAACGUUUCUCCUAAUGGUACUCUUCCAUAUUUUUUUCACUUUUUUUCUCAUAUAUUUUUGCGCCCAGCCAGUUUACUGUCGAAUUUGCAUUGA